AUGGUUUGCAAAGAGGACGUGGUAUCAUGGUUUAAAGAAUUGGAAAGCUAUAAACGUAUAGAUGCAAUGUGUACAUUACUAAAUAUGUGCUUGCCGUUCGAAUUACGUUUUAUUGGAACAUACCUAGAAGAACUCGGAAAACGAGACUUCCAGGAGUUGCGUGGAGCAGAGCUAAGGGCUAACAAUCCAACGGAUCUAGCUGCAGAUAUUGGCGGGGCGGAUACAGAUUCCAGAACGAGACGAAAAAUGGCAUUAUAUGUCUCUCUGCUGAGAUCAUGUAAUUUUGCUUGUGCUACAACACUGUACAAUGCUAUGGUGAAUUUAGAACAAAGUGGUCUAUUAAAAGGUCUUUAUGGUGACCUUCUUGAGGAGAUUCUACUUCUGUACACAAUGGCUCUGCAUCAUCCAGCUUUUACUUUUGACCAGAAAUCACAUUUUGGUGAAAUUUUGGAGAAAUUGAAGUUGGAGGACCUACAAUAUCAAGGGCAGCAAGAACAUUUAAAUGUUGCACCAGUGAGUGGCUGCCAUACACAGCCUAGCAUUACCCCUAAUAUGUCAGUUCCACCACCAAAUAUUCCUAAUUUGGGCCCACCUAUCAUGUAUGUCAAGACACCGGUGGUGCAGCCAUCAACUUCAGAUGCAGUAUCUGAGAUAAGUUCUCCUCCAGUGUUAAGUGCUAGUGGUUUGCCAAUGUUGCCUGAUGUGCCCCAUCCGCCACCUGGCUUGCCUAUACCGCAAUACAACCUAGGAGAAUUUAUAGGACCGCAUACAUGGCAGCACACAGCAAAUAUAAUUGUGCCACCAUUAAGUCAACCACUAGAGGUAAUAAACUAUCCACCGGGUGGCGGAGCACCACCCUCGCCUCUAGUGUCAUCACCGGGUGACAGUCGAGCUGCUUCGCCACGUUCUCGGCGCCGUUUGUCACGAGACCGCUCACCGCCAUUGCCUUCAGAGCCACCUAUAGCCCAUCUCACAGCCAACUUUGACACCCUAACAGUAGGAGAGUUGCGGCAUACAAUGGGUGAAGAGAGACUUCGUGAAAUCAGUGCAGUCCAUCAACAGUAUCAAUCGUUAGAGAAACUGAAUGGGGUAAGAAGGCGUGCGGCGGCUUACUGUCCCCCUCCGAGGUCUUCCUCUGAUAGCGGCUCGAGUGCGGCAUCAUCACCGCCCAGCACACCCGCGCCACAGCAACGACGUCACACGCCGUCUGCUCCUCCGCCCCCUACGUCCGCCCCGCCGCCAGUCCCCUACAUCCCGUAUCCCAGACCGUACCCGUAUCCAACGCCACCGCCGACAUACCGUCCGCCACCACCCCCCUUCGCUAAUGGGGAACCCCCACCGUACCCGGCUCCGGCCCCCUACGCCGGCUUCGUACCCGUUCUAUAUGCCCCGCCAAAACUCUCAUGUUGGAACUGCGGAAACGCGGGGCACGCCGGUCACGAGUGCAAGGAACCUAGCAUGGAGGAGAUGACGCGCGCGGGUGGCUACCAACUGGACUUCGGCGGCGCCCCACCCCCUGAAGCGACGGACAAGUAG